AUGCCACAAUACAUUACACUAUUAUUUUAUUUCGAGGUUCACCAGCACACCAGGAUUUUUUGUCAUCCCAACUUUCCCAGCCCUUCGCCCCUUGGCUCAGUCGGUGACGACUUCUUGAACUUCAGUGGCAAAGUGACGCCGCCGAACGAAGUGAACCGGAGCAGCCUUGCCUCAGAGGUGACCGCAGCAGCAGCAAGAAGUCAUGCUUUGUUUCAGACGGCAGUUCAUACCGUGAACCAAGAAGUGUCUACAUCGCUCUCGCAGGCCACGUUGGCCCUGAAGGUGGGCACCUCAUCAGCUGGCGCAACCAUCAGUUUCCUCAUCGUCUCUGUGCUGGCCGUGACGCUGGUGGCCGCCUUUUUGUGCAUUCGUCCAGACUUGCCGGUGUCUCCACCGAAGAAGGAGAAUCCUCGUGACUCUCUGAGAAAGGAUCACCUGCAGUUGCCGGCGGAUGCGCUUUCAAAACGAGGCAGCAUGGCCUUCACUGGCUCACCAGCAAAAGGCCGUAGCCCCAUGCGCAGUCCUAUUGCCGGACCUGCCAGCCCUAGUGAGGAUGGGUUGCAGCCCUUCUGUCCAGAUCUCAUUGUCCCAAGGGGCUGUGAGUGUGUCCUGCUGGUACCCAUCGUGCCCUUGUGCUUGGGACCUUUUAGUGUUUGUGACCCUAACGGCCAUGUGGUGCUGCGGGUGUCACCAAAAAGCAUGGCUCCGCCUCCAUCCAUUGAUAGGGGAAGGGGUUCAGCUCGAAAAUUCGUGAGCUUCGGACCUGAUUCCUUGGGCAGCUCGUGGCGCAUUGAAUUGGCCACUGGCUCUGGGGAUCUUCUGGCGCAGUCUAGCUUCUGUAAGCCUGGGCAGAACGAGAGCUCCUCCCAUCCCUCCUUCGCCCUCAUGAGAGCUGACGGGGGCCAUUUCGCGACACUUCUCCGAAACCAGCAGGAGGGUUACGAGCUGACGACCCCGGAUCACAUCAUCUACUUUUGGGGCUCCUUUGACCACCACGCGGUGAAUAUCACCGAUGAGGGUGGAAAGCUGCUGGCCACCACUGAACUUUGCAGAGCUGAUUGGGAUCAGACCGGAGAGUUCUAUCGCCUACGCGUAGCGCCUCUGGUGGACGUGGGACUGUUACUCUGCAGCCUUGUUUGCAUCGACCAGGCGCGGAGACUCGCUGUGGCAAACGGGUGCAAAAUUCAUCCAUUUAUGGUGCAAGAUAUGGAUGAAAUCAGUAAGAAAUAUAUGGAUGAAAUCAGAUGA